CCCCCUGAAAAAAAACUUGCCUUUUUCCUCCUUUUCUUUUCUCUCUAUCUCAACUCUUUGCCACUACAAUGUCUGCUCCAGCCGAAACUUUCUUCUUCACUUCCGAAUCUGUCGGUGAGGGUCACCCAGAUAAGAUCUGUGACCAGGUCUCUGACGCCAUCUUGGACGCCUGCUUAGCUGUCGACCCAAUGUCCAAGGUCGGCUGUGAAACCGCUGCCAAGACCGGUUUGAUUAUGGUCUUUGGUGAAAUUACCACCAAGGCUAACAUCGACUUCCAGAAGGUUGUCCGUGACACCAUCAAGCACAUUGGUUACGACGACUCCGCCAAGGGCUUCGACUACAAGACCUGUAACGUCUUGGUUGCCAUUGAGCAGCAGUCCCCAGAUAUCGCCCAGGGGUUGCACUACGAGAAGGCUCUUGAAGAGUUGGGUGCCGGUGACCAGGGUAUCAUGUUCGGUUACGCUACCGACGAGACGGAAGAAAAGUUGCCAUUGACCAUUUUGUUGGCUCACAAGUUGAACGCCGCGUUGGCUGAUGCCAGAAGAUCCGGCGAAUUGGGCUGGUUGAGACCAGACACCAAGACCCAGGUCACCAUCGAGUACAAGAACGACAACGGUGCCGUCAUUCCUUUGAGAGUUGACACCGUUGUCAUCUCCACCCAGCACUCUGAGGAGAUCUCCACCGAGGACUUGAGAACCGAGAUCAUUGCCAAGAUUGUGAAGAAGGUUAUUCCAGCCCACCUUUUGGACGAGAAGACCAAGUACCACAUCCAGCCAUCUGGUAGAUUUGUCAUCGGUGGUCCACAGGGUGAUGCUGGCUUGACUGGUCGUAAGAUCAUUGUUGACACCUACGGUGGUUGGGGUGCUCACGGUGGUGGUGCUUUCUCCGGUAAGGAUUUUUCCAAGGUUGACAGAUCCGCCGCCUAUGCCGCCAGAUGGGUCGCGAAGUCUCUUAUCCACGCCGGUUUGGCCAGAAGAGCCCUUGUGCAGUUCUCUUAUGCCAUUGGUGUUGCUGAGCCAUUGUCCAUCUACGUUGACACUUACGGUACCUCCAAGUACUCUUCUGAUGAGUUGAACGUCAUCAUCAGAAAGAACUUCGACUUGAGACCGGGUGUUAUCGUGAAGGAGUUGGACUUGGCCAAGCCAAUCUACUUCAAGACUGCUUCCUAUGGUCACUUCACCAACCAGGAUUCCACCUGGGAACAACCAAAGGAGUUGGUGCUCUAAGCGCUUCCCCUCAUUAGAAAGACAUGAAACUACGCUCAACUCGUUUUUUCUCAGUUGUUUUCUUUCGCAUUUUUUUCUCAUUAUCCCCAUCCUCGGAUGUUAUGACUAUAGACUAUCACAACACCUCAUGUUAUUCUAAUCUUUUUACGGCUCUUCUUUUCUUCUUACUUUUUCUCAGGUUUCAUAAUAGGCUCUCAACAGUUCAACGGUUCUC